AUGCCUCGCGAGUAUACUGAGGCCCAGCUGCAAUGGAAGCGGGAGCUCAGACGCUGGUGUCAACUCUCUCGACCAUGGCCCCUCGACAAGCCCAUACCGAGUGUAUGCAAACUGCUGUGGAAUGCAGAGAGAUGGGGUGCAGACUCAUCGGAUACCAGUACGUUCCUCCAUCUAGAAUGUUCGGAGGUGUAUGAGAGGCUUUGUGGGGAGAAGGAGGGGUUUUUGUGGGUUAGAGACCGUUGCACAGAGUGGGAGAGGAUACGCAAAGAGCUAGAUGCCUUGCAGAGUCGUCUGAGUGCAGUCGUCACCAGCCCCUUGCUCUUAGAGAGUCGCAAUACCCUUUCCAGGCCUCUGCAAGGUCUCGGUGCUGUGGUCACGUCCGUGACAGUCAUAUGCAUGCUCUUGGAGGAGGAGGUCUCUGUCUGGUGUGGUGAAGUGCAGUGGAAGGGCAAGACUCGGAGUGGCUCCAAUGACUCUGUCAAGCUUGUCCUUGAACACCCUCCAGGGUUAGAGGAUAGUGAUGAUGAUGAUUGGAGUCACGUUCUUAGUGAUCCUGUUUUAUGCAAUUGUACUCACAUCCAGCGCAUCAUCCUCCUUAUACACAAUGGCCGUGAUCAUUGGAUUACGGCCUGUAUCGACUUUAACACGCUCUCUAUCACUGUAUAUGAUUCAUGGAAGCCUACAUACGACCGUAAUCACCCAGAGAAGAAGACGGGCAAGGGGAAGGGGAAGAAGAAGAAUGUGAAGGAUAUGGAUCACUGGGUAUAUGUUGCGUUAGCCUCCAUUCCGUCCUACAAUGUGGACACGCCGUGCUGGGAUGACUGGACCUUCUCACCACAUGAAAGGGUACCGUUCCAGGCCAAUAGCUCGGACUGUGGUAUAUUCGCGCUCUUGUUUGUCCUCCAUCUUCGCCAUGGCAGCUUCAAUCACAUCAAUCUUCCUGUUCGUUUUAUUGCUAUUUGCAAAACGAAGGCGUGUGAAUGUGGCGCGGGCUUAGCCGUGAACGCGACGGGCCCGAGCUCAUACAACGAAGGAGCUGGCAUCCUCGUCAACCUAUCGUUUUUUCCCUUGGAGAAGAAGAAUACGAAGAAACAAAAAAAUGCAAAACCCAACUGUGUUAACAAAAAGCUAGCCUUCCACGAGGAUAUGGAGCUAGAUGACUUCUUGGUUUCCCUUUGCCAGAUUCUUGAUGACGGCUUGAAUCUCCUCUCUACUUGUACACUCUAUCACAUCCAGUCACACGAGCCCAAUGAAGACAGCAGCUUGUCUAUCUCAUACUCUAUCCUUGGUACCUCUGACAAGGAUAUUAGUCUGGAGUCAGUUGACGAUUACAAGACCAUGGUGAAGGAUGUGUCAGCGAGAGGAAAGCCGAAGCUGAAAGUCGAGAUGAAGCAGCAGGAGGUGGAGCAUGAUGAUACUGGGAGUGAUUCUGAUUCUCGUGAGGAGGCAGAGAAUGCACCGGCUGCGAAGAAGGCCAAGACAGUUGGUCUGUCACCACAGGAGACCGCAAUUGCAGAGCGUGUUAAUGACCUCAUGGAUAUUCAUAAGUGCCACAAGAAAACCUGUAAAUCAACACACUGUGUGUUGUAUGGUCCUGAUCUUGACCACGGACCUCUCAUUGCACGUCACUUCAGUGAAUGGGGUUCUGCAUGGGAGGCGGGUAAGGAUGGCAUUGAUGCGCAGACUCCUCCAACCGGCGGUAUCUUCGACUUCAAAGCCACACAGAACUUGGAUGACAAUACCACUGACAUCAACCUCCUUGCCAGUCGCCGCCUACGCACUGCAACAUCCAAUAACACCGGUCCGAAUGUUCAAAUGAACUUUGAAGGUCUUGCUAAUGUUCUACGUGUUGCUCGUGGGCAAGAGAAUGAUCUCCAUCGUCCUGCUAAUCAUAUUCCAACUCGUCCUCACAUUCCUCCAAAGAUGGUCCUUGACGAAUUCUGCACCAAAUACGAGUUGGUUGCUUCAACAACGGGUAAGCUCCGCGAGAUGGAGCUUGCAGGCCCACAUAUCCUUCGGCUCCUCUCAAACCAAGACCUCAUUGCGGAUGCAAAGUUGACAAACACUCAGGUUGCCGAGGUUCGUGAUGCAGAGGAGAGGUGGUUGGCUGAUGCCGUGAAGGACAUUGACUAG